AUGUCCGACGUCUCCCUAAUGCCAUCCCAGCGCUCUCAGAGCAAGUUCUCUCCGAAGCAAAUCGCUUCAUUUUUCUUUAAGCCCUACCUAACGGAGGACGGGGAUCCUACUGGUCUCCAGGUCUGCAAGGCCUGCGGCAAGACGCGCAAGCACGCCCCCAAAACGGGGUACACCAACUUGGUGUCCCACGUGCGCACCGACCACCCUCGCUACGAACAGGAGAUGGAGGUCCUUGGAGGACAUGAAAGCGACUUGUCGCGGGCUGAGAAAGAGGCCCUAAGGCCCUUUCGUCAGAUGACCAGUAGGAGCAGGAGCCCAGAAGAGGACCCGACCAAGCUGGGCUUCGCAGACAGAAUUCUCAAACGCAGAAAGGUGCAAGCGGAAACAAGUGCGUAUGUGAUGCUGUCAGCCGUACCACCUACGUCGAACAAGGUGGAACGGCUGUUCAGCAUGGCUCGCAUGAUAAUGCGAUACGAACGGAACCGACUGUCACCGCUGAUGUUGGAGAUGUUGCUGUUUCUGAAGAUUAACAGCAGCUACUGGGACGUCACUACCGUUGACACAGUGAUCUAG